AUGUCCGCAACUGCAACAACAACGCUGCCCGCCUGGGUAGCGGGCCUCAACAACCCACCAGCGCAUAAGUCAAAGCAGGCUGGCAUUCCCGAUCCCCCGGGAUACCCCUCGUCGCAAUCACCGUCCAACUCCAAGGUAGAGCUCCCGCGCUCUCUGCAUCAGGUGCAGGCCGUCAACAGCAUCAUGAUGGUGUUCAUGGCCUUCAAAAACCCCAUCAUGGGUAUUCUGGGCACCAACCAGGCCUUUGAGCGCUUCGAAACGGAAGGCAACCGGGCCAAAAUGCUCCAAGUCAAGCUGGCAACAACGAGAUCGGACUGGCUUGCCUGGGAAGCGCAGCGCGAAGCCGUGGAGCAUGCGGUGCCGGCGUUAUAG